AUGGUUUUUUGUGUUUAUUUUUUCUCACUCCUUCCUCUUUAGGUGACAACAGAAGAACGUGUGCCUUCUAUCGAGCCGACGUUCAAUAAAAAUUUGGACUAUGCCACGCUUAUCAAUGAUAUUCAAGACACUGUUAACUUCAGCGAGGUUUUUUUUUCGUUCAUCGAAAAAAAUUACAUAGAGGUUGAAUUGCAUUUUUGAUUCAUAGGAAAAGAUGAUGAAAAACUGGGAAUAUAAAUACUCUUGUACGACUUUUUCAGAGGCCCAAGUUUUGAUUUAUAGCCGAUGAAUUCUUAUCAAAAUGAUUAAAAAAUGUUUCAGUUUCAAGAGACUUAGAUUUUUUGAAGAGAAAAGUUGAAUAAUCUAAGUAUUUCAGAGUUUCAAUAACGAAAAAAAAGUUUCCUUUUUUGUAGAUUUUGGAACGGGAGAAUUUUCUGGACGAUAGAGAUCUACCAAGAAUGCUGAAAACGGCUAUUGCACAGGAUCACGCAGCCGUGCAACUAUUGGAAACGAAACGAAAACUAAUGGCGUAUUAGAAAACUGGAGGAAGUAUAUAAAUUUUUCGCUCUAACAGGAUUCUGGAAGAGUUCCGAAACAAUGAGAACAACAUUUGCAAGCAGUUAUUAGAGGAAAAAAACGACGUUUUGGAUAAAAGAGCUCCAGGAAUUGUCACGCCACGUUCUCCUCCUCCACGAGGUAUCUUUUUUGUUUGCUAUCGCUGGCCAUUGAUAAAAAAGACUAUGCAUUUUGUUCUUACAGAAUUUUUCCCGCCACUGGUGGAUCACGAGCAAAAAUCUUUAGAAUGGACUGAUGAGGUUGACUUGAGGUUUGUAACUUUCCGUUGAGUGGAAACCGAAGGAAAAUCUUUAUAAGAGAAACAUGGAAACUUCUUAUGAAGUCUCAUCAUUCACAAAUCGAUGAAAUUAAACAUAAUCACAGAAAUUUAGAACAAAGAUAUCAUGUUAAACGUUAAAAAAUUUAAAAUCGAAUUUUUUUUUUAACGUUUGUUAAUCAACCACUUUCAUGUGUGCCUUCCUUAAACUGUCUACUAUUGUAGCUUUUUUUGAAUUCUACACAAAUUUCGUCAAAUUAAGCUGGCCAGAAUGGAAUGCUAUAAAUGCGACCUUUUUUUGUGCUUCACCAAAAGUUAAUAAAAUACAGGUGUUUAAUAACUCCUUCACUUUUUUUAUUUCAAGUUUUUCUAUCUCUCCUUUUGAAAAAAAGUAAUACGACGAAAUUAAUGAAUUUAUUACGAUGAAUUUUUUUAAUUGCUAAAAAAAUUUUUUUCAUUAGGAGCUUUUUAAAAAAAUUUUUUUCAAUUCAUGAAUCUGUAUUAAACCAUAACCCAGGUUAAAAAAAUUGAAUAUGGGAUAAAAUAAAUCUUGGAAAAUGGUUUGAAAAAAAUGACACUGUCAAAAAAAUACAAAAGAUGCAUCCAGAUAUUGAUUAGAAAACAAUAGAAAAAAAUUAAGAAUUUUUUUCCUUGAAAAAUUCAAAAAAACGCCCGUGUUUUAUCAAUUUACAAUGGAGCACAAAACGCCUACACUUUUGAGCAUUCCGACCAAAUUUUAAGGUCUUGUAGUUCCAAAAAAAAAACCAGGAGGGACAUGAAAAAUAUCGUUUCGCAAGAUUCUAUGGAGGUAUGAUGUAAAAUUAUAGUUUAAAGACUUUUCGUCAGAGGAAAAAACCAAUAAAAACAGAAAUAUCGAUUAUUUUUCUUUACGCAAAGAUACAAGUUUCCAGAAAGUGCGAUCAGAUGCUCAGACCUCCGCCGCCGUUGCCCAUCGACACCUCUAUCCCACCGCCGAAUCUCCAGCCGCCUCCGUUCAUGGUAAUGACGGUUGCUUUCUUCUUUCCAAUGUCAAAUUUUGUACUCCAGAGGUUCCCACCGCCUCCACGUCCGCCGUUGCAUCAGCCGCCCGCUGUCGUCUUCAAUCCCUUCAUUUUUUCUCCGGCAGAUCUUGCUUUUGGGUAUUUUUUUUUUCUAUCGUAAAUUCAAACUCGUCUGAUAAGGAAAAUUUUUCUCUAAAAGUGUCUGUACAACUAGAAAUGGACUGUAAUCUGUGCUUACUACCUAAGACGAAGUCAAAUUCUGUUUUGCGCAGUAAACCGACGACGAUUCGCGGCCCGCCUCCCCGGUUCGAAGCUUUUCCUCCACCUCCGCCUUUUCUGGCUCCCCAAUUCACAAAAAGUGAGCUCUCAAGUGUUCUUUGUGUAGUUUCAAUGUUUUUUUCAGAGCCUGGUGAGUAG